AUGAUGGAAAAAAGUAAACCAAAUGUUGUAUUUGUUUUAGGUGGACCAGGUUCAGGUAAAGGUACUCAAUGCGCCAACAUUGUUAGAGAUUUUGGAUGGGUACAUUUAUCAGCAGGUGAUUUAUUACGUCAAGAACAACAAUCUGGUUCAAAAGAUGGUGAAAUGAUUGCAACAAUGAUCAAAAAUGGUGAAAUCGUUCCAUCAAUUGUAACUGUAAAAUUAUUAAAGAAUGCUAUUGAUGCUAAUCAAGGUAAAAACUUUUUAGUUGAUGGUUUCCCACGUAAUGAAGAAAAUAAUAAUUCUUGGGAAGAAAAUAUGAAAGAUUUUGUUGAUACAAAAUUUGUUUUAUUCUUUGAUUGUCCAGAAGAAGUUAUGACUCAAAGAUUAUUAAAGAGAGGUGAAUCAAGUGGUAGAUCAGAUGAUAAUAUUGAAUCAAUUAAAAAGAGAUUCAAUACAUUCAACGUUCAAACUAAAUUAGUUAUCGAUCAUUAUAAUAAAUUUGACAAAGUUAAAAUCAUUCCAGCAAAUAGAGAUGUUAAUGAAGUUUAUAAUGAUGUUGAAAACCUUUUUAAAUCAAUGGGUUUUUAA